AUGCUCAACUGCAUCGACAACUCGGGCGCCGCCAUUGUCGAGUGCGCCCUCGUCGUCGGCCAGAAACGCCAUGCAACAAUAGGCGACCGCAUCGUAGCCAUAGUCCAGAAGCAGCGCGGCGCGUCGGACGCGGGCAUGGGCGUGGCGUCGGCGGCGAACAAGGUCAAGCGCGGCGACAUCCGGCAUGCCAUCGUGGUGCGCACGCGCAAGCAGGUGCAGCGGCCCGACGGCAGCGUCGUCAAGUUCGACGAUAACGCCUGCGUGCUGAUCAACAAGGCCGGCGACCCCAUCGGCACCCGCGUCAACGGCGUCGUCGGCGCCGAGCUGCGCCGCCGCAAGUGGAGCAAGAUCCUGAGUAUGGCGCCUACGCACGCUUAA